GAAAUAUAUUAACCUUACAACACAAAAAGAUGUUUAACUCAAAAUCAUCGACUCUUGGCCUCAUCAAAGCCUUCAGACAAACUCCAAAUUACAGCUUAUUCAUGACUCCGCUUCGUUGUCUCUUCAUACAGACUAAGGAUACUCCGAACCCUGAUUGCAUGAAGUUUUAUCCUGGUAAAAAUGUGAUGGAAAGUCCAGGGGACACCCUGGACUUUUCACACAGGAAAUUUACCAAAAUAUCUCCUCUGGCAAUCAAGCUGUUUAGUAUCUCUGGUGUAAGAAGAGUCUUCUACGCUCAUGAGUAUCUAUCUGUGACUAAGGAAGAGAACGAGGAAUGGGAGCAUCUCACUCCGGAGAUUUAUGAAGCCAUCACUGAUCAUUAUACAAGAGGGCUCCCGAUUUUUACGGUUGGGGUACCGGAGGAUGAGACUGUCAUUUUGGAUACAGAUUCCGAAGCUGUUCAGAUGAUAAAGGAGAUUUUGAUUACAAGGAUUAGACCUUUUGUACAGAAUGACGGAGGUGAUGUCGCUUUUAAGGAUUUUGACCCAGAAACAGGCAAAUUGACCGUCCUUAUGAAGGGUAGUUGUGCUGGAUGACCUUCUAGUCAAGCUACACUCAAGGGAGGUAUUGAGAAAAUGAUGAAAUUUUAUGUAGAAGAAGUAACUGAGGUUGAAGGUGUUGAUUAUUUGGGAUAAACCACCGAAUCUCUAAGCUAUGUUGUAGAAAAAAGAUUUUCAAAAUAUUCU